AUGUCAUCAGAGGAAGAUGACGCCUGCUCUGAUGUCCCCAUUAUCUUCAACAAUGGGUCAGAGUCAGGUAGUGACUACUCAGAGACUGAUGAUUCAGGGGAUGAACUACAGAACAUCUUAGAUGGUGACCAGGCCUAUGAUAAUGAGGUGUUGUAUCCUCCAGAACACUACCAUGCAGAGGCCAGCCAACUGGAUAAAUUGAUCAAAUUUCACAGUGUUUCCCUGGAUAGAUAUUGUUGGUUUCAGCGCCGGGAUCCAGCCGGCUGCUUUCACUCAUUGGCCACAGCAGAGGAAAUUGUCCAGUACCUCAAGGGGCUUUUCAGCUGGCGCUGUGACCUACGGCGGGGCAAGAAUGGACGACGGACACCUGGCAUCCGAUAUAAGAGUUCACUAGAGACAUUCUGGAAAUGCUGGCAUCUUGUGUAUAAGCAAGAAACCGGGAAUGGCCUCACUCAAGAAACCAUCAGACAGAUUGAAGAUGUUCUCAGCAUCAUUGCAGAAGAAAAGAAGCUUCUCCUCAUUCACCAACCAAAGGUGAUGAUGUAUAUUGAGGAUGUAGCAGAGUUCGCCUGA